GGAAAUUAUAGGAAGUUGCAUCGAGUAGAGCUAGGGCAGGACUAACGUGGAGCUACAUGUAAAUCACUACAACCUUACCGGCAAUUGCCACCCCGUUUCAUCUUUAAAAGACACAUUUCUAGCUAGCGGAUUGUGGCAAAUUUUGGACCACCAUGGCGACGGAUAUAACACAAGGUUUGGACCAAGUGUCUGUUGCUGAGCUGUAUGUUUCGGACAAAUGUGGCAACGACCAGGAUGGAGACGGCUCUGAGCAGAAACCGUUCAAAACUCCUCUCAAGGCUCUGCUCUUCAUUGGUGGUGAACCAUUCCCUACCAUCUAUGUAGACUCGCAGAAAGAGGAAGAGCGCUGGGCAGUGAUCUCCAAGACGCAAAUGAAGAACGCAAAGAAGGCUUUUAACCGAGAGCAGGCCAAGAAUGAGUCCAAGGAAAAGAAGGAGGCAGAAGACAACGAGAGGAGAGAGAAGAACCUGGAAGAUGCCAAGAAAAUCACGAUUGAAAAGGACACCAGUUUGCCCGACCCAGAAACGGUUAAAAUCCAUCUUUUGGGAACAAAGCGAGGCCAGAGAGUCAAAGUUUUUGGGUGGGUUCAUCGCCUCAGGAGGCAAGGGAGGAACUUGAUGUUUAUAGUGCUGAGAGAUGGAACCGGUUUUCUCCAGUGUGUCCUGUCUGAUAAACUGUGCCAGUGCUAUAACGGCCUGGUGUUGUCCACGGAGAGUACUGUAGCCCUGUACGGCACAGUGACGCCUGUUCCUGAAGGAAAACAGGCGCCAGGGGGCCAUGAGCUCCACUGCGACUUCUGGGAGCUGAUCGGCCUGGCACCAGCAGGCGGGGCCGACAACCUUCUGAACGAAGAGUCGGAUGUGGACGUCCAACUGAACAACCGGCACAUGCUGAUCAGAGGCGAGAACGUCUCCAAGAUCCUCAGGGUCCGCUCCACGGUUACGCAGUGCUUCAGGGACCACUUCUUCAACCGCGGAUACUACGAGGUUACUCCUCCAACUUUGGUGCAGACUCAGGUUGAGGGCGGCUCCACGCUGUUUAACCUCAACUACUUUGGCGAGCAGGCAUACCUGACGCAGUCGUCCCAGCUUUACUUGGAGACAUGCAUACCUGCACUGGGCGACAGCUUCUGCAUCGCUCAGUCCUACCGAGCCGAGCAGUCCCGGACCCGUAGACACCUUUCUGAGUACACUCACAUUGAGGCAGAGUGUCCCUUCAUAACCUUUGAGGAUCUUCUGGACAGACUGGAGGACUUGGUGUGUGACGUUGUGGACCGAGUUCUGAAAUCUCCUGCUGCACAACUGCUCUAUGACAUCAACCCGAACUUCAAACCUCCUAAGAAGCCAUUCAAGAGGAUGAACUACUCUGAAGCCAUUGAGUGGCUCAAAGAACAUGACAUCAAGAAGGACGAUGGCACCUACUACGAGUUUGGAGAGGACAUCCCUGAGGCCCCGGAGAGGCUGAUGACCGACACCAUCAAUGAAACCAUCCUCCUUUGUCGUUUCCCAGCUGAGAUCAAAUCCUUCUACAUGCAGCGCUGCUCUGAUGACAAACGUCUCACGGAGUCGGUUGAUGUUUUGAUGCCAAAUGUGGGUGAGAUAGUGGGAGGCUCAAUGCGUAUCUGGGACUCUGAUGAGCUGCUGGAAGGCUACAAGAGGGAGGGCAUCGACCCAACCCCAUACUACUGGUACACAGAUCAGAGAAAGUAUGGCACUUGCCCUCAUGGUGGUUAUGGUCUUGGCCUGGAGCGCUUCCUCACCUGGCUGUUGAACAGACAUCACAUUAGAGACGUCUGCCUUUACCCACGAUUCAUCCAACGCUGCCGACCCUGAACACACACACACACACACUCACACACUCUUUCCAGAUCUGGCAUGUGGCACCAUCAUGUGAUCUACACUAUUGAAUUAAAUGUUUGUCCCGUGUCUCUUUUAGUUUUAUUUCAUCACUGAACAUCACGAUUAGAAACGCCCUCACACUGAUUCCUUGUCCUCUGCCGCCAUUUUCACUCCAGCGCAGUCUAAUCAUGUUUGCUGUUGCUCUCUGCCUGAUUAUUUAAACAGCAACUGUGCUUGUGAAGUACCGAACAUGUUUGACCGCUUCCUGCCUUAAAGGGUUUUUUUAUUUUAUUUUGGUGAGAAGCUUAGAAAACUGUGGUCGCAUGAGGUGAUAUUUUUUUUCAUUUGGAACGUACUGUUUGCGUCCAAAGUUGAACAACACUGAACAAUGUUUCUUGUUUUGAUCCAUGAACAUGUGUUGGAGGUGUGUGUGGAUGAAUACACAGGGUACCUCCAGUCAUAGCUCUUAGUACCACUAGUCCUACUCAUGUAGUGUAUUGAUGAUGCUGUUGUGUAUUACUGUUAAAGCACUAUAAUAAAUUGCUCAAGCGCUUCAACAGGAGGAGUGCACACAAAAUGACAAUGUACUGAAUUGACAACUAGUACUUACACAAAGUACAUCAUACAUUCUGACUGGAUAUUGGACCACUCUUUUUCUCCGAAUUACUAGCUGUAUCAUUAUGUUGCAAUGUUUAUGUGCGCUCCUCCUGUGUUUUGAAGGGGAAGAACAAAAAGCCUGGUCAGCUCCUGGUGCAUCUGAUUAUUGCGGUUAUGUAAGCGUCAUCAAACAUUCAUUCUGCUUUGUCAAUUUGAAAAUUAUGGAACAAUAAAAUAAUGAAAACAAA